AGCUCUUCUGCUGGAAGGAGCUCUGGUCGUGAUCUCCUUCAGCUUCAGCGAGGGUGGGGGGUUUCGCCCGGGAUCGGGCGUGCGGAGCAAGGGGGUUCGUUGGCGGCUGUCCUCACCGCGGCAGCACCGUUCCUCGCCCGGCCGGGUGCACCGCGCUUCCUGCUUCCUUGGGCCUCGGGCCCACACGGUUUGGCUCUCUCCCCUCUGGCCCCCGGCAGAGGCCCUGCCUUUUAAGGCAGUAGGGCUUGUGGGGGGGGGCUACCCCUUUCACUCGCUUGGGUGUUCCCAGUUCCAUUUGUUUGUUGUUCCUGUUGUUUGUUUUUCUUUCCUGCCUUAUCGGUCUGGCUUCUUCCCUGUCCCCUUGCAAUAGAGUGGGGUUUGGGUGGUCUGCCCAGCUGGGUGGGGAUCGGGAUUUGGCCUUGGUGGGGGUGGUUCCCUCAGGCUGAGGCGGGGAAUUAUUUUGUGGUUGCACGUUAGCCUUAUUGGGUUGGUGUGGCUUUGGGGGUUUCCUGCCUUUCUGCUAAGGUGUGCAUGUGCUGGCUGUUGGUUCGUUGGUUUACUGGCUGUUUGCUUGAGGUGUGAGUCAUGUCCAGGAAGGCCAAAGGGAAGAAGGGGGGGAGAUCCAUCAGACAGCCCAAGAGACCCGCUGCGCCUCCUCCCUCUGAGGAUGAAGACGACGAAGUGGGUGUUAUUAGGGCCCUGAUAGGGCGGAUGGAGGCGUUAGAAAGGGCCAGGAAUGUGCCAUCGGAUCCUGGGGGCGGCCCAUCAGGCGGCGGGGGCAUUCCACCCCCCAAGGUCCCUCGCAGGACUCGGGGGGCUACUAGAAACCAGUUAUUGAAAUCUAUUUCCAGUAGGUUGGAGGCCCUGGAGAAGGCAGGGGACCCUGCUGGACCUGAUGCUCCAUCUGAACCUGCUGCGCCAUCGCUGCCAUCGCCAGAUCCGCCUGAGCGGCCAGCUCCUGCUCAACCUCCGGAUCCGGUUCCUGCACUGCCUGGACUUGUUUUACCUCAGCCUGUGGCGCCGGUGGAGCAACCCCCGUGGGAUCCGUCUCUCCCUGUGGCCCCGGGUGCUGGUGGAGCGGCUGCUCCAAUCCGGGUCCUGGUGUGUGGCCAUUCGCUGGUCUUUUGGGCCUUCCGGCGGGCCAGCACCUCGCAGUGGGGCACACAGCUAGGUUUCAGCCGGAGGGCCUCUAUAUAUUGGUUGGGCAUGCGUGGCAUGCAGUGGGGCCAGUUGCUCCCCACGGUUAGGAGCCAUUUAGAUAGUUUUCCUGCCCCUCAAGUGGUAAUUUUACAUUUAAGAGAGAACGACUUGGGCCAGCGAACUGGCCUCUCAAUUAUUCGGCAAGCCGCAUCCGAUUCUGAGGUUCUUCGGAACUGGAUCCCGGGGGUAUGCAUCCUUUGGGUUAACUGGCUCCAGCGUAGAGUAUGGAGGGGGGUGUCUUCGGGUCUUAGGGUUGAGAAAGCCCGUCGUAAGGCUUCAGUGGCCAUAGGCCAUAUGGUUAGAGCGGCUGGAGGUGAGGUCAUACUCCAGCCAGGGAUAGCAGCCCAUCUUCCUCAGCUGUACCGUCCCGAUGGGGUUCAUUUGUCCAAAGUCGGGUGUGACUUGUACCUGGGCAACAUUCGGAGGGGGCUUGCCGAGUUUUUGGAGGUUUAUGGGGCAGGGAGGUCAAGCGUGGGCUAACCUCCCUGUGUGGCAGUAGCAGUGCGGGCUAAGGGGAAAUUGAGGUUAGAUCUCGGUGAGCACCCUUGGGUAUUCUAAGGUUGAUUGGUUAAUCGCUCCUUUGUUGCCUGUGCGGCAUGGGGAGAAUGAUUGCCAAGAAACCAGCUUCAGGACUUCACCAACCUUUGGGCUCUGCGGUCCGGGGUGGUUGAAGUCCCUGAGGUAUCCAGAUCACUUCAUGUAAAGGGGGUGGUUGGCUGUGAAGGAAUUGGGCGGGUCAUUCCUGCCCUAUUUCCUGAGCCAGGGUGUGUUGCCCAAGCAGGCUAUGUGCAGGGCUGUGUGUCCUUGCUCAUGCCUAGGAGCCCGCACUGUUGUUUAGCGGUGAUUAAUCACCUAAAGUUCCAGUUCGCCAUGUUGUAAUUUUAAUAAAGUUGUGGCCCUUUGCACCAUA